CUGUCCGUCGCUCGCUGAGCCAAGUUGGGGUGGCCUGCGGCUGCGCUUCUAAAGGCGCCGCCGGUGGAUUUUUGGGCUGCUUCUUCCAGCUCCUCGCCACCUCCGCCAGCUUCCUGUAAUCCCGCCGGCAUGUCUCAGGCUGACUUUGACAAAGCUGCUGAGGAGGUCAAGCACCUCAAGACCAAGCCAGCAGAUGAUGAGAUGCUGUUCAUCUACAGCCGCUACAAACAAGCAACUGUGGGUGACAUAAAUACAGAACGUCCUGGGAUGUUGGACCUCAAAGGCAAGGCCAAGUGGGAUGCCUGGAAUGAGCUGAAAGGGACUUCCAAGGAAGACGCCAUGAAAGCUUACAUCAGCAAAGUAGAGGAACUGAAGAAGAAGUAUGGGAUCUAGGGACAGGGUCUGGCUGCCAGCCAUGCAUUUCACCUAAACUGGUCAUCUUCCCUUGUUCUUCUAAUGCUGUGGAUGGAGUAAGAUACGGAAUCGACCCUCUUCCUUAACACUGUCCAGGAUACAGCUUUAACAGAUUAAGGAGCUGAAAUGGUUACUGACCUGGCUGAGUAGUUUUUGUCUCCAGGUCAAUUAAAACUGAAUUUGUUACUUUAA